UACUCCCAAAAUAAAUGUGACAAAGUUUCAGAAUGAUGUUCUACCUGGAAAUAUGAUAAAAUUGAAAUAAAAGUUAACUUUUCUAUUGUUUUUAUUGACCUUGGAUGAAUUUCCGUAAUGUGAUUUCGCCCUAUUUUCAAUUGUCAAUAAAAUUAUUAUUUUUCAUCCAAUUUUAACAAUCGUGGUGUCAUUUUGUAGAAAAAGGUCUGAACUACAAGACUAAGUGGUGCUUGACCUUAGAUAACCCCCUCUAGGAUUACAAUUGCCGUCUGUGUUUUGUAUUACCACAUUCCAGAGAGCUUCAUACUCACAUUAUAUUCAAUAUCAUCAUUAUAAUCGCAAAUAUCGUCAUAAUUCAAGAUGCCAAAGAGGCAAGGAUAUAUUAAGAAAAGGAAGGGGUUCAUGGGGGUACCACAUCAUGUGGUUAAAAGGCAAAAAAUGGGACAGGAGACAGAAGAAGAGGCAAUAACUGAUCCAGUGUCGGUAAGGAAGCUCCAGGCUGGAAUUUCUGAUCCCAGUCCCACAUGUUCCAAUCCAUGUGCAGCUUUGGAGGGCAGCUAUCUCAUUGAUGGUGAACUGCUGGCAGCUGCUCUUGGCAAUGCUCAUUUAUGUCCAGGAGGGAGGCUGACUAUCCAUGAAGACCAGACCAAGCGGGUUGGGCUCUGCAGUACACUGGUGCUGAGCUGUUCUGUCUGCCAUCAGGAACAAGCUUUUCGCACCAGUAGCAACGUAGCAGAGGGUCCUGGACAGUCUGCAGAGGCCAACCGAAGAUCUGUCUUGGCGGCUUCUGAGAAUGGUCUGGGACGAGAGGCCCUCUCAGAUUUUUGUGCCAUCCUCGGGCUGCCUCCUCCUGUGGCCGACCACAGUUUUCAGACCCAUUUGGCUCAUCUCUCUUCAAAGUCUACAGAGGUUUGUGAGCAACAAAUGUCUGAAGCCGCCCAACAACUCCGGAUGUCUGCAAUGGAGGAAGACAGCAGCAUCAAGGAGGGGGAUGUGGUGGAAGUGGCAGUGUCAUUUGAUGGGACAUGGCAUAGGCGUGGCCAUCGUUCCAAUCAUGGGGUGGCAUCGGUAAUUUCUAUGGAUACUGGGGAGGUAUUAGAUUUUGAAGUUUUGUCUAAGAUAUGUAAAGAGUGUGAAGUUAGGAAGGAUUGGGAUAGGGAAGGGGAUGAGUACAGGGAAUGGUGGGAGGGUCAUGAAGAAGAAUGUUUAGCUAAUCAUGAGGGAAGUAGUGGGAUGAUGGAGGUUGAAGCAGCAGCUAGAAUGUGGGGUAGGUCUAUCGAUAAACAUAAUCUUAGGUAUAAAUAUAUGGUAAGUGAUGGGGACAGUAAAUCAUUCAAUAAAGUUAGGGAAAUAUAUGGUACGUGUGAAAAUAAAUUGGUAGAAAAGUUAGAUUGUGUAGGUCAUGUGGGGAAAAGGAUGUCUAAUGCAUUAGACAAAGUUCGUAAAGAUAUAGAGAAGGGUGAGAAAUUGUCAGAUGGGAAGUCAGUGGGGGGAGGUAAGGGUUGGCUGACAGGGACUAAAGAUACAGGGGCAAUAGGUAGGUUAAGUAAGUUUUAUAGGAAUGCAGUUCGUAGUAAUAGUAAAGUAGUAAUUAAGGAUGAUAAGGUCAAGAAUAAGGCAGUUGAGAAAAUGCAAAGGGCAGUGUUGGCAGUUCUUUAUCAUGAAGUCAAACUUCCUGAUAAUGAGGUGCGUCAUCAGUACUGCCCAGACGGCGAAUGGUGUGAGUAUAAAAAUAAAGGCAGUAUGGUAGACAAAGACCAUCACCUUGAUGUGGCGUUUCUUGAUCUACUCUUGCCUACAUUCAAGCGACUUAGUGCUCCUGACCUCAUAGAGAGGUGCCUCCCAGGGUAUACCCAAAACCAGAAUGAGAGUUUAAAUUCUCUCAUCUGGAAAAGGUGUCCCAAACACCUGUGGAGAGGUCCACGUGUUGUUCGCAUAGCAACAAAUCUUUCUGUUCUGGCGUUCAACUGUGGCGCAGAGCAAAGUCGCAACAGACUAUUUCAAGCCCUGAAUCUCAAAAUGAGUGCUCAUACCCUGUCAUCAUUGCAAAGAAAGGAUAGUUCAAGAUUAAAAAAUGCAGAAAAGAGGGCAAGGGAAGUAGAAAAAAAGAAAAGGGAAGCUAGUAGGUUUAGGAAAUCAAGGGAAGAGGAGAUGCAUGCGGAAAGGGAGGGGGUUGUGUAUGAAUCUGGGGCUUUUUAG